CCCCCCGGGCGCACGUGCCGCCUCCGCCCCUCCGCCCGGUUUCACAAGCGCGGGCACCGGCGGCCCCGCUGAUGUUUUUCUGUCCGGGACCGGGCGCAUGGCGAGGCCGCCGGGGCCGCUCCUCCUCCCCCGCCUCCUCCUCCUUCUCCUCCUCCAGUUCGCCGCCGCCGGGCGGCCCUGUGGCCCCUCCGGACUGUCGCGGGACGUGGUGUUGGGCCGCCUGGGAGCCAACAUCACUUUGAUCUGCAGGGACGAGGUGCCUGCAAAUGUCACAGUGCGGUGGCAGGUGGAGGAGCGGGGAGCAGCAGUGCCGGGGGGCCGUGGACGGCGGCUGGCAGAGGGCAACGUGCUGCUCCUGCGGUGGCUGCGCUACGAGGACUCGGGGCGCUACAUCUGCUCUGUGGGGAGCCGCCUGCUGCGCUCCCUGCGGCUGCUGGUGGAAGAGCCCCCCGAAACCCCCCGAGUGUCCUGCUACCGACGGAGCCAUGACAAGGAUGUCCUGUGCGAGUGGCCACAGCAGACGAAGCCGUCCCCGGGGACACGGGCAAUGCUCUGGGUGAAGCGUAGAGCCUUUCCCCUGUGCUGCCUGGGACUCCACAGCAUAGGAUGCAUCCCCUGCAGCUGCCCCAUGCCUGGUUUGGUGCGUGCUGCAGUCCCCACUGAGCUGUGGCCCCACAGGUUCACGGCUGAGAACGCCACAGAGCAGCGGUGCCACUACUUCUCCAAGGCACGGAAGUUUGUUUGCCGGGUGAAGGUGCCACCUGGCACCGAGGACACCAAACACCUCGUGGUGUCCACAUGUGUCAGCAACAGCGCCAGUGGCUUGGCCGGCGAAGACAAGAUCAUCACCCUCAGCGGUGUCCCAGUGAAGCCUGAUCCCCCCCUCAAUGUGACGGUGGAGGCGCUGGAGAAGGCGCCUCAGUGGCUGCGGGUCAACUGGUCCUACCCCUUGUCCUGGGACCCCCGUUUCUACUGGCUCCGCUUCCAGGUCCGCUACCGCCCUGAGCCUGCCCCAGCCUUCAUGGAGGUGGAUCAGGUGACGACAACGUGGCUCGACAUUCGUGAUGCGUGGCGGGGGACGAAGCAUGUGGUGCAGGUGAGGGCGCAGGAUGAGUUCGGCCAUGGCGCAUGGAGCGAGUGGAGUCGGGAGGCUGUGGGCACCCCCUGGACAGACCCCAGGGACUUCACCUCUGAAAAGGGACCUUUCAGCUCACAGUUCCCCAUGGAAGAUGACAGCUAUGAGGUGACACUGCCCCCAGAGCUCUUCUGGGAGGACCGUGCUGAUGGUGCUGAUGGGUCUGUCAUGGAACCCAGUACCCACCCUGUGGCAUCCCCCUAUGCCUUCCUGGUGGCCGGGGGGAGCCUGCUCCUGGGCAUUGCCCUCUUUGUUGGCAUCGUGGUGAGGUACAGGCAGAUGUGGUGGACAGGCAGGCAGCGGGGGACCAAGCCGGAGGGCGAGGGGCAGCAUAUGCUGGUCCCCCUGGGCCUCCCUAGUCCCCCACUCAGUGACACCCCCCUGCUCUCAUGCCCCACCCCCACGGCCCCUGGAACGCUCCGCAUCACCCACUUGGACUAUUCCUCUUCAAGGCAGUAGCCAGGGGCUGAAUGUGCUGGCAGGUGCUUUGGGGGUCAGGUGGGGGUUGCUCGCCCCAGGAUUCCCAGGGCUGUGAUGUGGCUCUGGGAGCAGCUCUCCCCCCACUAUCCGGUGGCUCUGUGGCUGGGAGCAGCCUCUGAGGAGGGGAAUCAGUGCCGCCCCUGUGGAGAAGCAGUUGGGGGGGAGCCCCAAACUGGGUCCUGGAGGGCACCUUCAGAGCCAUGGCCGGUGGUGGCGGCACUGGAAACACGGCUGUGCCGGAGCGUGGGAGCCGGCCCGGGGUCAGGUUUGAGGAUCCCAGGGGAACGGCCUAGUCCCUGCAGUGCCACAGGGGUCAGGGAGGGAGGGGGGGGGCCUGGCUGGAUCAGCCCCAUACUUCUGCUCUGGCCCCCCCGGGGCUCCUUUUUAAAGCAUAUGUUGGGGAAAUAAGACAAUGUGGCUCCAAUAAAUGCUUUGGAUUUGUA